AUGAGAUCUAGUGUGAGAACGAUUUUAAGCUUUGCUCUGUUUCUUUGUGCAGUGACAGCAAUUGAACCAGUUGAUGAAAACAACCAAGAUUAUGGUUCAUCUGAAGAACCGGUAACGGCUUUCCUUCUAGCUAUUUCCAUGAUAGGUGUAUCUGAAAUUGGGGACAAAACAUUUCUUAUAGCUGCAUUAAUGGCUAUGCGUCAUGAUAGGCUUUUGGUUUUUAGUGCAUCUACAGCAUCAUUGGUGAUAAUGACUAUAUUAGGUGGUCUAAUCGGCCGUACCUUUACAACUUUGAUCCCAUACAAGUAUACUUUAUUUGCUGCUGGAAUUUUGUUCCUAGUAUUCGGUUACAAACUUGUCUUAGAAGGGUUAGAGAUGCCUAAGAACGCAGGCAUUGAAGAAGAGCUAGCAGAAGUUGAAGAAGAAAUUGCAAUUCAAGAUAUAAAUCACACUCUACAUGAAUCUGAGGAAGGUACCGUUAAGGAUAGCAACAAAUACGCCAAAGAAAAAACAAACGGGGUUUUCACCAAAUUUAAAGACUUCACGUCAAGAUAUAUUUCUGGAACUUGGAUUCAAAUAUUUACAAUGGUUUUUCUCGGAGAGUUUGGUGAUCGUUCCCAAAUCUCUACUAUAGCCAUGGCCUCAGGUAGUAAUUUCACAUAUGUGAUGCUAGGAGCGUGCAUUGGCCAUGCUAUUUGUACCGGUGUCGCAGUUAUCGGCGGUAAGCUAUUAGCAUCCAAAAUUAGUAUGAGAACUGUGACAUUGGGAGGGGCACUUUCCUUCUUUAUCUUUGGCUUCCUUUAUGUCUACGAAGCCUUUCUUAAUUAA